AUGGCAUUAACUACCAAGGCCUCGACAUAUGACUUUUAUCGCGCUCUUGAAAAGUCAACAAACAACACAGGGAUUAACCUCCCACCCUCGCGUUACCCUGCACUAUUCCGGAUGAUUCUUCAAUGGCGGCAUUUACAAAUGCUAAAGUGGGCGGGGAGAGGGCAUAGCCCCACAGGGGCUGCAGGUACAGGCGAGGGUGAGCUUGCAAUUCAGUGCCCGUCUUGCCCACAUCCCAGUAUAAAUCUUCCUGUUGGCUGGGAAAAUGCGCCAGACGAAAUGAAAUUCCUCUAUAUGGUUAUGAUAUGCAUGGACGCCAACUUCCGAUUAAAAAAUCAGAUGGUGUCUAACUGGUCUCAAGACCCUGGGCUUGGAAUCGGGUGGGCGUAUAUGAUACCACUCAAAGGAUAUGAGGAGUAUGUCAAGAGCCGGCUGUCAGACAAAGACAUAAGCACAUGCGUUGGGUUUCAAGCACUAGCCAAGGCCAAUACAAAAUUUUCAAUUGGACUACGUUACACGGGCCUGGGACUUACAGUAUGCGGUCGCUCAGAGAUGAUUAUGAGAGUUGGAAAUCUACAUAAGGGAGAAAGAUAUGCCAACAUGGACUACAUUUUUGCUUCAAUUCUUCGAACAUUGGCUGUACAAUUUGUGCUGGCAAGCUACGAUAUAGCUUGUCAGUGGUUCAUCAAUCUUCUUCGGCGAAUCGAAACACAGUGGCCAGAUGAAAUCAAGCCACGUUCCAACAUCACACUGAUGCCCGCAAUCCCCAAGCUGCAUGAGCCAAUGCACAAGCAGCAAAAUCAUGAGCUAUACUCCUACAACUACAUGCCUGGUGUUGGUUUAUCAGACGGAGAGUGCCCCGAGCGUGUAUGGGCGCCGCACAAUGUCCUGGCAAACGCAACCAAGACUCAGGGUCCGGGUUCACGACAUGACACUCUUGACGACCAUUUCGGCUUUUGGAAUUGGCUCAAAUAUACGUCGAUGGGAACUACGUUGCUUCGAAAGUAUAAAAAUGCGGUGGCUCAGCGAAAUAUUCAGACAGAGGGCCAUCGGGGCUUGACAGAUUCUUUGGAAGACCCAAGACUUGUGCCUGCAUGGGAGAAAAUGUGUGUCGAAUGGGAGAAAGAUCCCUUUCCAAAAACCACAGCAAAAAACCCAUAUUAUGUGAAGGAGACUGGUGCAUCUGAAGCUGAAGUCAAGAAGGCCCUUCACGAUGAAGAGGCUGAAUUUUUAUCUAAAGGUGGAACGUUACCGCACAAAACUACCCCGUCUGUCUUUAUUGGUAUGGGCCUAGACCUUGAGGAAGCACAGCGGCGACUUAAACGGCUAGCUACCAACACGAGUGCAGAUGCCACUAUUCGCCAAGAAGGCACACUCACGGAGCAGCGAAAUAUCCUCACUACACGCAUUCGGGCAUGGGAGCAACUUGUUCCCAUCUAUAUGCCAGGACUGCUUCAGUAUCAGACAGAUAAUCCGCCGACAGAGCAGUCAACGCACGCCGAAGACAUUGUCCUGUGGCUUCCAUCAAUGGUACCCGCAGAAUGCAGAGAAACUAUCUGUGUGGCCGGCUUGGCUGAUGUCGAACAGAAGCUGCGGAUGGCGCAUAUGACCGACUCUUUGAAUGCAAUACGGCAGAUUCUCAAAAUCAAGUCACGAAUGAUUGAAUUCAAAAAUAAAAACAUACGAGGACAACGUGGGGGAACCAGGUCAACGUCAGUUAUCGACCGCGUGCAUGAGCGUGCACGAUUUGCAGCAGGAAAAUAUCGUGCAGCUCGGAAAGCUUAUUUCGAGUUGGCAGGACCUGGUAACUGGGAGCAGAAUUACCGUAUACUUGUGUCAGGGCAACACUAUAAUCAGUGUGACAAGGCCACCAACAAAGAUUAA